AUCACAACUUCAUUUGCGAUAGAUAAGCCAAACAAUUUUAACUUAGCUCUCAAUAAGCUUUAACAACAAUGAAGAAAGUAGUGUUGAAGGUGGAGUUACAUGAUGGUAGAAUCAAGCAAAAAGCUAUGAAGACAGCAUCUGGCCUUUCAGGGGUUAAAUCAGUUUCGAUAGACAUGAAAGACAAGCAAUUGAUCUUAUCCGGGGACAUUGACCCAGUAAAUGCAGUGUCCAAGCUACGAAAGUGGUGUCACACUGAAAUAGUUUCAGUUGGACCAGCAAAAGAGGAGGACUCGCCAAAAGUAACUGUUCCUUCCCAGCCCUAUGAAGUUUAUCCCUUUAUUUAUCAGAUGACACCGCCACAAUAUAGUCAAAGUUACUAUGUUAGAAGUGUCGAAGAGGAUCCUAGUGGCUGUGUCAUAUGCUAAUUUGGAUAAUAUUAGCAAGUUUGAUAAAAAAAGACAUCGUAGUGCCUUUGGUUGAUCUUUUUUUGUUAUGAUCUAGAUUGAAUACUAUAGUGUGUAGUAUUUCAAUUGGUAUUGUAUGUUUGGUUAAACUUUGUAUGUCAUCAUUUUGUAAAAUGUAGACGAAAUUUGAGUGAAAAGAGUUCUUUUAGUUCUUCCUUCGAUUAUUAGAAAUUUGUCAAUUUACUACGAAUAUAAAUUUAAUGGAAUU